UAAAACAUUGUUCAAAAAAUGAACAUAUCAAGUUAUAAUUUUCAUGCUCCGUCUUCGCUUUUUUUUUCUUGGUACGACUACAUCCUUUUCGGGGUGAUGCUCUCUAUUAGUGUUUUAAUCGGCAUUUAUUUUGGCUGUUUUGGUACCAAGCAAUCAACAGCCAACGAAUAUCUGAUGGGCGACAAAAGGAUGAAACCUUUCAUAAUCACAAUGUCGCUAAUAGCCAGUCACAUUUCUGGUACCACUCUUUUAGGCCUACCAGCCGAUGCCUACCGCUAUGGUGGAACCUUCCUCCUAAGCGGCAUUAGUAUGUUUUUUGUUGUUCUUGCAACAAUUUACAUUUACUUACCAGUAUUUUACAAUUUGCAAAUCACCAGUCUUUAUGAAUACCUCGAAUUGAGGUUUGACAACAGGACGAAGAAAUUGGUUUCUUUGCUUUACAUCUUGUACUCGUUCCUCAUCCUUCCAUUAAUCAUAUAUGCAGCAUCUCUCGCUGUAUCCACUGCCACCGGUCUUCAGAUGUCCACAAUAAUCCCUCUAGUCUGCACCACUUGCAUUUUUUACACCAGUAUUGGGGGCUUCAAGGCGGUGAUUUGGACCGAUGCUUUCCAGUGUAUCAUCACUCAAACAUCCGUUAUUAUCGUUUUUGUGCUAGGAAUUAAGUCAGUUGGGGGAUUUACCGAGAUUUGCACACGCGCAAUUGACAGUGGAAGACUUGAUUUGUUCAACUUUGAAUUUGACAUCACUAAAAGGCACAGUUUUUGGACUAUUGUGAUUGGGGUUUCCUUCAUUUGGUUAAGUAACACGAGUGUUUACCAAACGUGUGCCCAAAAAUUUCUCGCCGUUUCCACACUACAAGGGGCCAAACUUACUGUCAUUUUUUACGGGAUUGGCAUAGUGGCAAUUAAGGCAAUUUGUGUGUUACUUGGACUUGUCAUUUAUGCAAAUUAUCACGAUUGUGACCCUUUCACGACCAAAGAAGUGACAAGUAACGACCAAUUGGUACCGUAUUUUGUGAUGGAAGUGGCGAAAGGGGCUCCAGGUUUGGCUGGGGUUUUCACAGCUGGGAUUAUGAGCUCUGGAUUGAGUGGCCUAUCAGCCAAUUUAAAUUGUUUGGCUGGAACAAUAUAUGUCGAUUUUUUGGCACAGUUUCUUCCACACAUUUCCGAAAAAACCAAAUGUGGAAUUUUGAAAUUGUUAGUAGUGGUGGCCGGAAUUGUGUGUCUUGGGAUGGCUUUUGUGAUGCAGUAUUUGGGCGGAAUUAUCCCUUUGACCAUCACGUUUCAAGCAGUAACAAAUGGGCCAAUUCUUGGAAUUUUUACUUUAGGACUGUGUGUACCAAGAGCUAGUGCUAAAGCCGCUUUUUAUGGUGCUAUAAUUGGUUUAAUCUCAAUUUCUGGUAUCGUGGUACCAGCACAGUAUUUCCAAAGUCAGGGAUUAAUGAAUGAUUUGCCAAAACCUGUAUCUACAGAAAAUUGCACUUUUUACAACCAAACUUUGGUACCAGAAACGGUACCAAAUGAGACUUUUAUUCUUUUUAAAAUUUCUUACUUUUUUUAUUCUUUAAUCGGGUCAAUUGUCACACUCGUGGUGGGAUUAUUGAUCAGUUUUAUGGAUAAUAGUGAUUUUACAGUUGAUGAGAAAUUGAUAACUCCUCUAGCACACUUUUUAUUGCCCGAAAAUAAAAAAGCUGAGUAUCGGAGUGUUGAUGCAGCUUUGAAAAGUUUGAAGCAUUUGAAAUAAAUCACAAAAUUUUUCUUGGUCUAACAAAGGACAAAUUAUGCUUGAUUUUUUAAUUUCCAAGAUUGUUUUUUUCUUACUUUUUUGGAUUUGCA